GUGAAGUACGGGCAUUUUGCCUUUGUGUGGGAUGUGGCAGUGCUGGAGUAUGUGGGCAUCAACGAUGAGGACUGCUCCUUUUACACUGUGGGGAACAAGGCACCAGACCGGGGCUACGGCAUCGCCUUGCAGCACGGCAGUCCAUACAGGGACAUCUUCUCCCAGAGGUACGUUGAACAUUAUAAGGCUUUAUAAGUGCUAAUACAUGCUUAUAACAAGUAAUAUGUAAUAUAAUAUAUGCUAUUUAUUCAACAGGUUUAUCCAAAACGACUUACAGUAAUGCAUGCAUCUAUUUUUUGUAUGGGUGGCCCCAGCGGGAAUCAAACCAACAACCCCUGGUGUAAAUAGCGCCAUGCUCUACCGACUGACCCACACAGAGCUGCAAAAGGUGUAACUACACUAUUCAGUGUGCAAGCAGCAGGGAAUACAGUGUGCAUACAUACAGGCUACCCUAACUACACCAUUGCCUCAUCUACAGUGUGAGAAGGAUUUAGUCAGUUCUGGUUUUGAAGUCAACUGCUGUAUGGCCUUUCCGUGAAAUGUCACCUUCGUUCAGUGGACUGGAGUUUGUCCAAGUCAAUUUGUGAAUGGACAUUUGUGAAAGGACAUAAAAUGUGGUGAUGGAAUUAUAGGUGGUUGAUAGUUUGGCAAAGUACACCAAGACAAUAUGCUAAAUCACUUCCCUAUUAGAAAUGACCUUUAAAAUUACUGACAAGGUCAUGUAGUAAAGCUCAAUCAUUAUGACAUGCUCAAGUGCCCCAUCCACCUGUAAUGCUGUGCUACCGCACUGAGAAAGAUAUCAUUAGUCAACGUUUGUUUUGAUUUCUAUACACACUAAGAGAGGAUCCUUCAUGCCAUCAUGAGGCAGAUGCAAGCUGAAUUUGUAUUUAGAAUGAAAACGUGUAUAUGUGUGUGUGUGUGUUUAUGUGUGCGUGUGUGUGUGUGUGUAUAUGAGUCCCAGCGUGUGAUUCAGUGUUUCUGUUUAUUCUCUUUGCACCUCUUUGUCUACUGAUGCACAAAACUGCAGAAUAUUGCCACUAAUGGUGGUUGUUAAAGUAAACAAGUUAUUAAUUGACAGUCCCAUUUAAUUCCUUGUCAUUAUUUCCAGGACAUUGUCAGACUCUUGGGGAUCACUUCCCAAACUAAUUUUCAUAAAACAGUGUACUAAAAGUGCUCCCUAUGGUUCCCAAACAAUGCAAGGGAAAUGACUGAGAAGAAAUUGUUUUGGAAACAUGAUUUCUUCUGACUUCUUGGAUUAUACAAGUCAAUGAAGCACAACAAUGAAAUGAUGGAGAAAUUGUAUUUGUCUCCCAGCAGUGGCAAUACAAUGUUUCACUCUCCAUGGUGUUCCCCACUAUCAUCGCCAGGGUUGGAGAGUAACCGAUUACAUGUCAUCUGUAACUGUAAUCCAUUACGCUACCAGCAAAAAUAUUGUAAUCAGAUUAGAUACUUUCGAAAAACUCGAUGAUUACUUCUUGGAUUACUUUUAAAUUCAUAAAGGAUGUUUGUGGGGGAAAAAAUACAUUAUGAUACUUUCUGCUUUCUUAAUGACAUUCAAUUCAGCAUUGAAAAAAGGCGCAAGUUUAAGUUUGUUCCCCCUGAGCGAGUCAGACCACUAUGAUGACACACCAAAUGCGUUGAAGGAAAUAAUCAAAAAGUAAUUGAAGGUAAUCAGAUUACGUUACAAAAUGUGGGUAAUCCCAAAAUUACGUUACUGAUUAUAAAGCAACUAGUAACUGUAAUGCUGCGUUUAGACGAGGGAUGCAAAAACCGUCACACCAGUCUGCAAAGCGGGAAAGGAAAGCAAGAAAGAAGGUGACGGCAAAAGCAAUCUAGCAUGAAUGUAUGCGUUACUAUGGUGAUAUCAGUAAACAAACAGUGUAAAUCAACAUCCGAUAGAAAACAACGCUACGGCAGAUGGCAAAAGUUGAAAUAUUUGAACUCUGGCGGCAUGUCCUGUCUACAGUGGCGGCUGAUGGCAUUCACCGCCAGCCUCAACGGCAUCAGGCUCUUAUUGAAAACAACGACAUCCGGUUUGCCAUUUACCAUCUACCGUCUACCUCGUACCAUGUAAACGCAGCAUUACGGAUUAGAUGUAGAAAAUAACCUACCCAACCCUGAUCAUCACACACAAAUUUGUUUCCUCAUUCAUAGUGGAAGGAGAUUUAUUUUGCUGUGUCAGUUUGGCACCGAUGUGGAUGUGAUGAGGAGUCAGGCGCAGGACACAGAGGUUUAGUCCAACAAACUUUACUAUAGUAAAGUGAACAAUAAUCACUACACGACCUCGAAAUACAGAGGCGAGAACAGUACGCAACAUGCGUAAAACAAAACAUGUAGAGCGCAAAACACGCAGCUCAAACGACACGCGGACAACAACACACAAUAUAACUAACACAAAACAGGGAACUUAUAGGACACGUAAUUAGGACACAAACAGACACAGGUGUACCAGACAGACCAAAGCAAUCAACACACGAAACAUACAACGGUGGCAGCUAGUAUUCCGGGGACGGCGAACGCCGAAGCCUGCCCGAACCAGGAGGAGGAGCAGCCUCGGCCGAAACCGUGACAGUACCCCCCCCUUGACGCGCGGCUCCAGCCGUGCGCCGACCCCGGUCUCGGGGACGGCCAGGAGGACGCGGACCCGGGCGCGUGGGAUGCCCACGGUGGAACUCUGUCAGGAGGGAUGGGUCGAGGAUGUCCCUCCUAGGCAACCAGCACCGUUCCUCCGGACCGUACCCCUCCCACUCCACGAGAUACUGGAGACCACUCCUCCGGCGCCUCGAGUCCAAUAUAGUCCGGACCCUGUACGCCGGUGCCCCCUCGAUGUCCAAAGGGGGUGGAGGGGUCUCUCCUAUCUCCUCCUCUUGGAGUGGACCAGCUACCACCGGCCUGAGAAGAGACACAUGGAACGAGGGGUUAAUAUUUUUGUACUCAAUAGGCAGUUGUAAUCUGUAACACACCUCGUUCAAUCUUCUCAGGACUUUGAAGGGCCCCACAAACCGCCGACCCAGCUUCCGGCAGGGCAGGCGGAGGGGCAGGUUUCGAGUCGAGAGCCAGACUCGAUCUCCCGGUGCGUACACCGGCCCCUCACUGCGGUGGCGAUCGGCGCUCGCCUUGUGUUGACGGAUGGCACGCUGCAGAUGGACAUGGGCAGCGUCCCACGUCUCCUCCGAGCGCCGAAUCCACUCGUCCACCGCAGGGGCCUCGGUCUGGCUCUCGUGCCACGGUGCCAGGACCGGCUGAUACCCUAAAAUACACUGGAAAGGUGUUAAUCCGGUGGAGGAGUGGCGGAGAGAGUUCUGGGCCAUCUCUGCCCAGGGGAUAUACCUCGACCACUCCUCCGGCCGGUCCCGGCAAUAGGACCUCAAAAACCUACCCACAUCCUGGUUCACACGUUCAACCUGCCCAUUGCUCUCUGGGUGGUACCCCGAGGUAAGGCUAACCGAGACCCCCAGGCGUUCCAUGAACGCCCCCCAGACUCUGGAGGUGAACUGGGGACCUCGGUCGGACACAAUAUCCUCGGGGACCCCAUCGUGCCGGAACACGUGGGUAAAGAGGGCCUCGGCGGUCUGUAGGGCAGUAGGGAGACCCGGCAGUGGGAGGAGACGACAGGCCUUAGAAAACCGAUCCACAACGACCAAAAUGGUGGUAUUACCCUGGGAAGGGGGUAGAUCGGUCACAAAAUCCACCGAGAGGUGGGACCAUGGUCGUUGUGGAACGGGCAGAGGAUGUAACUUACCCCUGGGCAAAUGUCUAGGUGCCUUACACUGGGCACACACCGAGCAGGAGGAGACAUAAACCCUCACAUCCCUGGCUAACGUUGGCCACCAGUAUUUCACGCUAAGGCAGUGCACCGUCCGACCAAUACCAGGAUGUCCAGAGGAGGGUGAUGUAUGAGCCCAAGAAAUAAGCCGAUCACGAACCUCGAGCGGAACGUACGUCCGCCCCACAGGACACUCAGGGGGAGUAGGGUCGGUACGCAGCGCCCGCUCGAUUUCCGUAUCGACCUCCCAUACUACCGGAGCCACCAGACAAGACUCCGGCAGUAUGGAAGUAGGCUCAAUGGACCUCUCCUCUGUGUCAUACUGCCGGGACAGGGCGUCUGCCUUACCGUUCUGGGACCCAGGGAUGUAUGUGAUCUUAAAAACAAACCGGGUCAGGAACAUGUUCCACCUAGCCUGACGAGGGUUCAAUCUCCUAGCUGCCCGGAUGUACUCCAGGUUACGGUGAUCAGUCAGAAUGAGGAAAGGGUGUUGAGCCCCCUCAAGCCAAUGCCUCCACACCUUUAGGGCCUGGACUACAGCUAACAGCUCCCUGUCCCCAACGUCAUAAUUGCGCUCCGCCGAGCUGAGCUUCUUAGAGUAGAACGCACAGGGGCGGAGCUUAGGUGGCGUGCCGGACCGUUGUGACAGGACUGCCCCAAUACCGGUCUCGGACGCGUCCACCUCUACUUGGAAAGGCAAAGAGGGAUCCGGAUGCGCCAGCACCGGGGCCGAGACGAACAGGUUCUUCAGCUUGACAAAUGCCCUGUCCGCCUCAGCUGACCACCGCAAGCGCACCGGAUCCCCCUUUAGCAGGGACGUAAUGGGAGCUGCAACCUGUCCACAGCCCCGGAUAAACCUCCGGUAGUAAUUAGCAAAACCCAAGAACCGCUGCACCUCUUUUACGGUGGUUGGAGUUUGCCAAUUACGCACAGCCGCUACCCGAUCUACCUCUAUCUCCACGCCAGACGCGGACAACCGAUAACCCAAAAAGGAGACGGACUCCUGGAAGAACAGGCAUUUCUCUGCCUUGACAUACAAGUCAUGCUCCAACAGUCGUCUCAAUACUCGGCGCACCUGGGCUACAUGCUCGGCUCGUGUAGAAGAAUACACUAGAAUGUCGUCAAUGUACACCACUACAACCUGCCCAUGCAUGUCCCGGAAAAUCUCGUCAACAAAGGAUUGGAAGACUGAAGGAGCAUUCAUUAACCCGUAUGGCAUGACGAGAUACUCGUAAUGACCCGAGGUGGUGCUAAAUGCUGUUUUCCAUUCAUCCCCCUCCCUAAUGCGCACCAAAUUGUACGCGCUCCUGAGAUCCAACUUUGUGAAGAACCGCGCUCCGCGUAAUGACUCCGUCAUCGUCGCAAUCAGUGGAAGUGGGUAACUGUAUUUUACUGUGAUCUGAUUGAGACUACGGUAAUCAAUACACGGGCGCAAUCCCCCGUCCUUCUUCUUCACAAAGAAGAAACUCGAGGAGACCGGAGAAGUAGAGGACCGUAUGUAUCCCUGUGCCAAGGACUCGGCUAUGUAAGUCCCCUGUCUAUGAGGAGGUAGCCGUGCUGCCCUCGAUUUGCUAAACGCUAGUGCUAAAUCCUCAUACUCGGGGGGAAUGCGCAGUGCGGGCACUUGGUUCGGACUCUCUACCGAGGUCGCCCCUAUGGAAACACCUAGACAUCUCCCUACACACUGGGCAGACCACUCCAUAAGAGCCCUCUGUUGCCACGCUAUGGUAGGAUCGUGGGUGCUUAACCAGGGAAGCCCCAACACCACUGGGUACGCAGGAGAGUCAAUCAGAUAGAACUGAAUGAUUUCCUCAUGACCCCCCUGCGUCGUCAUCGUCAGCGGUGCUGUGACAUCCCUGAUCAGACCCGACCCCAACGGCCGGCUGUCUAAUGCGUGGACAGGGAAUGGAACUUCUACCGGCCGAAGGGGAAUUCCUAACCUAGCACAAAAUGCCCGAUCAAUAAAGUUCCCAGCUGCGCCUGAAUCUACUAGCGCCUUAUGCUGGGAAUGAGGUGCCACCUGUGUAAAACGCACAGGAAUACUCAUGUGACCAACAGAGAGCUCUGGGUAAGUGGGGCGCCUACUCACCUGAAAUGACUCCCCAGUGCGUGACCUGUUGUCCCCUCUCUCAGAAGACCCUCCCCAGCACCUGGCCGCGGUGUGUCCUCCACGGCCACAGUUGGUGCAGGGGGUGGCCCCCCUCGGGUUCUCUCUCCUCCUCUCUCUAGCGCCAGCACCCCCGAGCUCCAUAGGAAUUGGCUCGGAGGUGCUGGAGGAUGGAAUGGACGACCCCCACUCGGGACGUCCGCGGGUGGCCAGCAGGGUGUCAAGCCGGAUGGAGAUGUCCACCAGCUGGUCGAAGCAUAGGUUGGUGUCCCUGCAGGCCAGCUCACGACGAACGUCCUCUCGCAGGCUACACCGGUACUGGUCGAUGAGGGCCCUCUCAUUCCAUCCUGCAUCCGCAGCUAACGUCCGGAACUCCAGUGCGAACUCCUGUGCGCUCCUCUUCUCCUGUCGGAGGUAGAACAGACGCUCCCCCGCCGCCUUCCCUUCAGGUGGGUGAUCGAAGACUGCCCGGAAGCGGCGGGAGAACUCAGCGUAGGUGAUGGUAGCUGCGUCUAUUCUCCUCCAUUCGGCGUUGGCCCACUCCAACGCCUUUCCGGAUAGACAGGAGAUGAGGGCGGAGACGCUCUCGUAUCCCGAGGGCGCUGGGUGUAUAGUAGCCAGGUAUAGUUCUACCUGCAGGAGGAACCCCUGACACCCGGCUGCAGAACCGUCAUAUGCCCUCGGGAGCGAGAGCCGAAUACCACUGGGUUCCGGCGCUGAGAGAGGAGGACUGACCGGUGGUGAUGGGAUGGUGUAUGAGGACGUGGGCACCUCUCCAUUAGCCAACCGGUGCAGAGUGUUGGACACCUCGCCCAGAACGGCCUCCAGUUGCCGGAUCAUGGAGUCCUGCUGACUGAGCCGUUCUUCUAGCGACCAGGUUGUCGUCGCUGAUCCUGCUGACUCCAUAGAAGGUGUGUUGUUCUGUCAGUUUGGCACCGAUGUGGAUGUGAUGAGGAGUCAGGCGCAGGACACAGAGGUUUAGUCCAACAAACUUUACUAUAGUAAAGUGAACAAUAAUCACUACACGACCUCGAAAUACAGAGGCGAGAACAGUACGCAACAUGCGUAAAACAAAACAUGUAGAGCGCAAAACACGCAGCUCAAACGACACGCGGACAACAACACACAAUAUAACUAACACAAAACAGGGAACAUAUAGGACACGUAAUUAGGACACAAACAGACACAGGUGUACCAGACAGACCAAAGCAAUCAACACACGAAACAUACAACGGUGGCAGCUAGUAUUCCGGGGACGGCGAACGCCGAAGCCUGCCCGAACCAGGAGGAGGAGCAGCCUCGGCCGAAACCGUGACAUGCUGUAGUAGUCCAUUUAAAGUUUUGCUGUGUGUGAUCAUAUAGCGCUUUGAAAUAGCAUCAGUAUUCAUUAUCAAACUGUGCCAACAUUCUCUCAACUAUUGGUAUUUGAAGGCAUGGAAUAGCAUGGGGUUGAUAUUGCGUUUGAAUAAAAACAUGGAUAUCUCCAAGGCUUUUGUUGGCCUUCUCAAUCAGAAUUUCAAGUCCUCAAAAGAAAAUAGAUACAAGACAUUGCUAUCAAAUAUUUCCAAGCUAUCAAUAGUCAGGGAGCCUGUGGAUUUUGAAGUGUACUGGGUAUUUUUUAAUCUCUUGUCUACUCACAGAAUAUUUUGCAGUUCCCUGUCUAUUAAGAUAAAGAUGAAAAAUAAUAGAUCUGCUUUAACAUUGUGGAAAGAGAGAGGGUGUGUGUGUGUCUGUGUGUAGGUGUGUGGUGGGGGUGGGGGGGCUGCAUACAUGUGUGCAUGUGUGCUUGCGUGCAUGCGCGUGUGUGUGUCUCGUUGAUAGAGUACUGCCAUUACAUUACUCAUCCCAAAUGCUACUUGUUGUUCACCUUGGUAGAAUCAAACAACCCAGAAGAAACAGUUCCAAGAAAGCGGUCCUGUUUUCCACUUACUGGAGAGAGUGUGAGUCACUGUGCCACCAUAGUGUACUGGUAAUGAUGUGUGGUACCCAGACUGAGUUGAUCAUCCAGACAUAGUAGACAGUCAGAAUACUGCUGUUUUCAGGGAUUAGAUCAAAACUACUGAUUUCAGGUGAGAACCCUCUGAGUCUUGCACUGAAACAGCAGCUGCAUGCACACACAGCCACACACACACACAUACAGUGCCUUCGGAAAGUAUUCAGACCCCUUGACUUUUUCCACAUUUUGUUAUGUUACAGCCUUAUUCUUAAAUGUAUUAAAUUGUUUUUUUUUCAUCAUCAAUCUACACACAAUACCCCAUAAUGACAAAGCAAAAACAGGUUUUUAUAAAUGUUUGCUAAUUCAUUAGUUUGUAUAGUGUUCAAGGUUGUAUAUUCAUUCAAAACUGAAAUAUAACAUUUACAUAAGCAUUCAGAAAGUAUUCAGACCCCUUGACUUUUUCCACAUUUUGUUACAUUAAAGCCUUAUUCUAAAAUUGAUUCAAACAUUUUUUUCCCAUCAUCAAUCUACACACAGUACCCCAUAAUGUCAAAACAAAAAAAUUGAAAUAUCACAUUUACAUAAGUAUUCAGACCCUUUACUCAGGACUUUGCUGAAGCACCUUUGGCAGCGAUUACAGCAUGGCGUCUUCUUGGGGAUGACACUACAAGCUUGGCACACCUGUAUUUGGGUCACCUCCCUGACCAAGGCCCUUCUCCCCCGAUUGCUCAGGUUGGCCGGGCGGCCAGCUCUAGGAAGAGUCUUGGUGGUUCCAAACUUUGCUCUGACAUAAACUGUCAACUGUGGGACCUUAUAUAGACAGGUUUGUGCCUUUCCAAAUCAUGUCCAAACAAUUGAAUAUACCACAGGUGGACUCCAAUCAAGUUGUAGAAACAUCUCAAGGAUGAUCAAUGGAAACAGGAUGCACCUGAGCUCAAUUUCGAGUAUCAUAGCAAAGGGUCUGAAUAAUUACGUAAAUAAGGUAUUUCUGUUUUUGCAAAAAUGUCUAAAAAUCUGUUUUCGCUUUGUCAUUAUGGGGUAUUGUGUGUAGAUUGUUGAGUUUUUUUUCUUCAAUCCAUUUUAGAAUAAGGCUGUACCAUAACAAAAUGUGGAAAAAGUCAAGGGGUCUGAAUACUUUCCGAAGGCACUGUAUACACACUUAUACACAUACACACGCGCAUACACACACCUCCCCCCCCCCCCCCCUUCCCACACACACACACACAGACAGACACACUCGGGGGCUGUAGGAGACACACACGACAGCCGUAGAUUCAUAGUCUGCCUUCUCUAAUGUCUUCAGUGCCUAUGCCGUACUGGUGGAGCCAGCCAUGACUCAUCAUUUCUCCUUUCGUUUGUCAUUGUUGUUCUUGGUCAGGGUUCCUCCUCAGUUCUUCCAUUUGGCUCGUAUGUCACAGGAUGAAUAAACUGUUUACCUCAACCAGAGUGUGAGGCGCAGUCUUGGCUAAUAUGAAAGUGUUGUGUAGCAGGACACACUGAAUUAGGAAAAGUAGUGGUUUAAGGAAAGGUGUACAGAGGCGCAGUGUAAUGCAUUCAGUAUAGUGACACAUAGCACAAUACAGGUAUCGACCACACUCAUUAAAUUGACUAAAAGAGAUGGAAAUGCUUCGCCAGGAAACUAUUACUUUCAUUGUUUGUAAUUCUGGAAUCAGUGUCGGUGGAGCCCUCCCAAAGUGGUGGGGAAUUGACCCUAGUAAUGGCAUUCAGUCACCAAUGGCACAGUGAGUGACAGCGUUCUUCUUAGAACUUGAGGGUCCAUGGCGCUGUGUGCAUGUGUGUGUGUUUCAGCCGUGGCCUCGGGGUCGCUUUCCAGUUUGUGGAAAUGACUCCAUUUUGAGGAGGCUCCAUUGUGGCAGUGAGAAUGGGAUCGACACCUGACAUCGUCAAUCUCUUGUUAUCUGGAACAAUGACAGAGCUGUCACUUACAGUCCCAUCCAUCAACAUUAGACAAACUCACGCCCCUGAAACUCUCAUUAAAACCCAUAAGUGGGAUUUAAUGAAUGAGUAGUUGACAUUUCUGCUAUCUUACCAGAGAUUCCCUCAGUUGUUUGCUUCGCCCCCAUAAAUGGGUCGCUACACUGUCAAAAUACGUUUGCAAGUACAAUUUGUGACCUAAGAUUGCUUGUAUGUUAUAUAGGGAUUUGCUCAAACUUCUAGAAAUCCUAUUAUUCUAGCUGUUUGAGAUUUGUUGAGCUAGAGACAAAAAUAUUGCAAAUGUAGUGGAGAUAUGUAUUCAUCACCAAACGUGCUAUGUAGUUAGAUAGCUAGACAUUUGCUUUCUGUUCAUAUUCUUAUUUUUUACUAUUUCUUAUUGUUCUUGCAUUGUCGAGAAGGAACCUGCAAGUAAGCAUUUCAUUUGACGAUGUAUACCAUGCGUAUCCCGUACAUAUGACUAAUAAAAUGUGAAACUCAUUGCUCUCUGGACUCUUUUCCCCACUCAUACCACUUUGUAUGAUUUGGUUAUUGUAGUGGCCUAAUUGUACCACUAAUUAUGAUGAUUUGUGACUGUGAAUCUGGAAUGGGCAUGAGUGGCGUUAUGAAGAAGCUCUAUGGAGGUAGCAGUCAGACAGUGAGAAUACAGUUUGGCUGUGAGUGGGGUUAGCACCAUGGCCGUCAUGCCUCCAUUGUCCUCAUUUAAGGAGUUGCCACUCAGAGUGCACUCUGCACAAGGAGCUCAUCUUAGAACAGUAACUCUCCUGUGCUCCUUUUGACAUUUUGUAAUCAUGUUGUUAGAAAUUCUCCCAGAUGGAACAUACUGCCAUUUCCUAUUUUUUCUAUUUUUGUGGCAUUGAAGUGUUUCUUAUAAAGUUUGGAUGCAAUGGAACAAGUUUGCACCUUUUUGCAUAAGCUAUAGCUUGAGAUAAGAUAAGAGCAGAAUACGAUACGAUAAGAUAAGUUAAGAUAAGAUCAUUUAUUUAUUAUCCACAUGGGGACAAUUUGUUUGCGGCUCUGUGCAUACACUAAUCACAUAUCAACCAUAGACAAAAGACAAGCAAUUAUUACAGACAAUAAAUACAACCAAUGAAAGAGUAGACAAAGUGCAGUUCAUGUGGGAUUCAUAAUUAUUCUGUACACUAUACACAUUUGUACACUAUCGACUACAGCAGUGUUUCUCAACUCCAGUCUUUGAAUACCCCAAACACUACACAUUUUUAUUCUAGUCCUGGACAAGCACACCUGAUUCAACUUGCCAACUAAUCAUCAAGCCCUCGAUGAGUUGAAUCAGGUGUGUUUGUCCAGGGUUACAAUACAAAUGUGUGCAGUUGUGGGUACUCGAGGACUGGAGUUGGGAAACACUGGACUACAGUAUCAACUAAAGGCCUGCCUGCUGGACCUACUAGUGUUUUUAGAAGCCUUAUUGCCUCUGGGAUUAAAAAUUGUUUGGCUCUAUUCUUUUUAUGCCCUGGUGCCUGGUAUCGUCACCCUGAGGGGAGUAGCUCAAACUCCUGGUAUAGAGGAUGUCUGGGGCCCAUGAGUACCUUCUAUAAAUGACUUCUAUAAAAGCAAUUUGCCUAUGAAUACGAACCUGAGACACAAUUCUUGUUUAAAGACUCUGGACCCCGGAUUUAUCUGUGUGUGUGUGUGUGUUUGCGUGUGUGUGUGUGUGUGUGUGUUUGUGUUUGCGUGCGUGCGUAUGUUCGUACACACAAAAUUGUCUUUGUAUGUAGGUUUUAUGUGCCGUUGUCUGUGUUCAACUGAAAUGUAGCAUCUCUAAAUCAAGGGUGUCGUUUUUUUCUGCCUCAGAUGUUAUAAUUUGUUUGCGUCACUGUUGAAUUUCUGCAGUUCCUUUUAUCUUUUAUUUUCUUGUCUUCUUGUCUUCUCUUUAGUCUUAUCAAGUACGGUAGUUUGUCUGCCGCCGUCAAGGCCAUCUAAUAACAUAUGAUCAUUUCUGCAGCAGUCGGUUGCCUUGGCAACCACUCCAGUAGUCCACACUAAUCGCCAUGCAGAGCCCAAGAGGCAGAAAGGCUGGCUGGUACAGCAGCCAGGUCACCCGGGAUACAAGUCAGUAUUCAACGUCCAUCCAGGUCUGAGGACGUCGGGAGAUGACGUGGAAACCGGCCACUAGGGGCAACAGUGAGCGCUGUUACCUUCAAGUAGGUUUCGGUUUUGCAUUCGAAUCCAGCGAUAGAAAGUUGUUUUUAUAUAUUUUUGCUUUAAGCCUAUCCCAAACCUUUGGAACCACUUCGAAAUUUGACGUUUGAGAAACAUGGAUGAACGUCUAAUUCUGACGUGAGACUGUGAGAGCUGGUAGGGUACAGAUCUUCCCACCUACCACUAGUGAUCGGUAAUCGGUUAUGGACUAGAGCUAGGUCACUAUUCAGAGUUCUCUACAGCCCAGGUCAUGGAGAGCCUGCAAGAGGAAAACACCAACCAACCUACUGCACACACACACACACACAGUCAUGCAGUCUGUUCACCUAUUGUGUUCUUUGAAAUAGCACACGGUCAGUCUAACGAAGGCUAAACAUUUUAUAACUAACCCGAAGUGACACAUUGGUGAACCCCUGACCCAGUCACAGUCACUAGAAUGACACGGGGGUUGAGAGUGACAAGGCUGUUCCUAUUAUGUACAGGCCCAGAUCAGCCAUCCAGUCACCUUGGAGGUGACAUUUCUCUAGCCCCAGUUGGAGCUCAUCUUUUGGGUGAUACCUCCUGUCACCAUUGCACAGCACCUGGGGUCCGCAAGCCCUCAAUUGCUCCAUUCCCGCUCCUUCACUCCAUCUCGCCGUGGGGUGACAUAUACAGUAUAAUUGGGGUGUGGAGUGGGAAGGAGGAGGGGAUGCUUCUUUUGUAUUGCGUGUGUAUGGCUCAUGGUAGCUAAGUUGAAACACAAAUAGUUAUCUUUGGAAGUCACAGUGUGCUGUGAGUACACUAGAUGCAUAGGAGACAGAUCUUAAUAGUUGCUGCAAUAGAAUAAAUCAUUUUGUAAUGUAAAUGAAAACAUGUCUUAUUUUGUGUAUCCAACAUGAGGUGUACGUAAGGUGGCAGGUAGCCUAGCAGUUAAGAGUGUUGGGCCAGUAACCGAAAGGUCGCUGGUUCGAAAACCCUAGGUGAAAGAUCUGUCGAUGUGCUCUUGAGCAAGGCACUUAACCCGAAUUGCUCUUGUAAGUCGCUCUGGAUAAGAGCGUCUGCUAAAUUACAAAAAUGUGAAUUAACAACUUGAUGUGAUAUAUCUGUUUUGGAGCAAAAUAUUGCAAUAAAAGAGCAACAUUUCCACAGAGAUAAAACAUGCUGAAAAAUUUUGACGAUAUUACCAUAUUACUCCAAUUAGUGCAUGUAGGCAGUGAUAAACGACUAAGCGCUCACGGUAGCUUUCCACAUUGACUGAGCUUCUUUGAAGCUUCUUUUCUUCUUCUUUCUUCUACGAUCUCAAGUGUUUUGUUUACUCUAAAGUAUGAUCACUUUUUUCCAGUUCUUUUCUGUAAAAAUGCAUCCGUCGUGUGUUUGUUUGUGUGUGUGUAUGUGUGCGUGCGUGUGUGCGUUUGUGCGUGUGACAGGGGGUUGGGUUAAAAAGCAAAACACACAUUUCUGUGCACUGUAAGAGAAUAAAUGACAAUCAAGUAUUCGGAAAUAUUGACAAGCAAGCAAACACCCAUACUUGAAAAAUCUCACCACUUGGAUGAUUUCCGAGAUUGAUGUAAUUGAAUAUGUUUGACGGAAUUGCUGACUGCGUUUUGAUAACUGAGGUACAGUGGGGGGAAAAAGUAUUUAGUCAGCCACCAAUUGUGCAAGUUCUCCCACUUAAAAAGAUGAGAGAGGCCUGUAAUUUUCAUCAUAGGUACACGUCAACUAUGACAGACAAAUUGAGAUAAAAAAUUCCAGAAAAUCACAUUGUAGGAUUUUUAAUGAAUUUAUUUGCAAAUUAUGGUGGAAAAUAAGUAUUUGGUCACCUACAAACAAGCAAGAUUUCUGGCUCUCACAGACCUGUAACUUCUUCUUUAAGAGGCUCCUCUGUCCUCCACUCGUUAUCUGUAUUAAUGGCACCUGUUUGAACUUGUUAUCAGUAUAAAAGACACAUGUCCACAACCUCAAACAGUCACACUCCAAACUCCACUAUGGCCAAGACCAAAGAGCUGUCAAAGGACACCAGAAACAAAAUUGUAGACCUGCACCAGGCUGGGAAGACUGAAUCUGCAAUAGGUAAGCAGCUUGGUUUGAAGAAAUCAACUGUGGGAGCAAUUAUUAGGAAAUGGAAGACAUACAAGACCACUGAUAAUCUCCCUCGAUCUGGGGCUCCACGCAAGAUCUCACCCCGUGGGGUCAAAAUGAUCACAAGAACGGUGAGCAAAAAUCCCAGAACCACACGGGGGGACCUAGUGAAUGACCUGCAGAGAGCUGGGACCAAAGUAACAAAGCCUACCAUCAGUAACACACUACGCCGCCAGGGACUCAAAUCCUGCAGUGCAAGAGGUGUCCCCCUGCUUAAGCCAGUACAUGUCCAGGCCCGUCUGAAGUUUGCUAGAGUGCAUUUGGAUGAUCCAGAAGAGGAUUGGGAGAAUGUCAUAUGGUCAGAUGAAACCAAAAUAUAACUUUUUGGUAAAAACUCAACUCGUCGUGUUUGGAUGACAAAGAAUGCUGAGUUGCAUCCAAAGAACACCAUACCUAUUGUGAAGCAUGGGGGUGGAAACAUCAUGCUUUGGGGCUGUUUUUCUGCAAAGGGACCAGGACGACUGAUCCGUGUAAAGGAAAGAAUGAAUGGGGCCAUGUAUCGUGAGAUUUUGAGUGAAAACCUCCUUCCAUCAGCAAGGGCAUUGAAGAUGAAACGUGGCUGGGUCUUUCAGCAUGACAAUGAUCCCAAACACACCGCCCGGGCAACGAAGGAGUGGCUUCGUAAGAAGCAUUUCAAGGUCCUGGAGUGGCCUAGCCAGUCUCCAGAUCUCAACCCCAUAGAAAAUCUUUGGAGGGAGUUGAAAGUCCGUGUUGCCCAUCAACAGCCCCAAAACAUCACUGCUCUAGAGGAGAUCUGCAUGGAGGAAUGGGCCAAAAUACCAGCAACAGUGUGUGAAAACCUUGUGAAGACUUACAGAAAACGUUUGACCUGUGUCAUUGCCAACAAAGGGUAUAUAACAAAGUAUUGAGAAACUUUUGUUAUUGACCAAAUACUUUUUUUCCACCAUAAUUUGCAAAUAAAUUCAUUACAAAUCCUACAAUGUGAUUUUCUGGAGAAAAAAAAUCUCAUUUUGUCUGUCAUAGUUGACGUGUACCUAUGAUGAAAAUUACAGGCCUCUCUCAUCUUUUUAAGUGGGAGAACAUGCACAAUUGGUGGCUGACUAAAUACUUUUUUUACCCACUGUAUCUCCCUCAUUCCAUUCCAUUAGAUUGUGUGCAUUUGAUAACUGAGGUAUCUCCCUCAUUCCAUUCCAUUAGAUUGAGUGCAUUUGAUAACUGAGGUAUCUCCCUCAUUCCAUUCCAUUAGAUUGAGUGCAUUUGAUAACUGGGGUAUCUCCCUCAUUCCAUUCCAUUAGAUUGAGUGCAUUUGAUAACUGAGGUAUCUCCCUCAUUCCAUUCCAUUAGAUUGAGUGCAUUUGAUAACUGAGGUAUCUCCCUCAUUCCAUUCCAUUAGAUUGAGUGCAUUUGAUAACUGAGGUAUCUCCCUCAUUCCAUUCCAUUAGAUUGAGUGCAAUCCCUCUUUCCAUUGUUUUCCUUUUCGAGCCUGUCUUUGUCAGCAGCGUAACAACUACAGUAUCAAUCGUCGAGCUCAAAUCUUAGACUGACUUUGAGGAAUCAUGAUGACAUUUCCUCCAAUAUGUUGUCUCUGUUUCUGAUUGGACGUUUCACUCGCAUGUAGUCCUCUUUUUUGAUUCCAUCUGAGCCAUCUUUGAGUAAUCUGUUAUGUGGGGCUUAUCUAAAUAAGAUCCCUUAGUCUCCCAACAGUAAUCCCAAAUCAGACCUUACAGUUCUAUAUGUGCCUAUCUGAGGAUUUAUCUCUCAAACACUUUAUUCCAACCAUGUAUUAUCUGGCAAGCUGUCCAUGUGUGCCUUCUAGUUCCAAAGGAGUCGAGAGGUUAAAAUAAUGUCUAUAAUAGAGAAUGAUAUGUUAUUGAAAUAAGAUGUUCUCCUCUGCCAUCAUUCAUUUUCCAAUUAUGUAAACUACCAUUUCAAUACAUUUGCAUUUGAGAUAGAUUGGCAGCAUUUUUUUACAUGUUAUACUUUGUAGAGGCAGAGUCAAAGAUAAGCUUUGUCAUUCAAGUCACUCGUGUGUCUGUGUCCGUGUGCGGGCUGUUCAUUUUGUUUUCUGCGAUACCGCAAGCCAGACCUCUGAAAUAUAGUUCCGUAAAUUAACAGAAGCCUCCAAUCAACCUUUGAGGGUUUUUAUUGGAUGUCAUAAUUAAUUUGCUUUAGCUGGACAGCAUAAUGUCAUUAGAGAAAAGUACCUAUACUCUGCUACAAAACAUAUUCAUAUUUCUUAUAAUAACAGCUGUCAGUCUGUGGCACCAUUAUUUGUCCGAUAUUGCCCUCUAGUGUUGUAGGACCAUUCAAACAACUGCAGAGAAUCAGGGUGAAUCUCAUGUAUUUUCUUGAUUCCAAGUGUCCUCUCUUGCAUUGGAGGAGAAGAUUCAAGGUUUCCUCUCUGACCUUCUCCUCCAAUGUCUUUUGAGAAGGAGGCGAGGAGAGAGGAUGCGAGGAAUCCAGGAAAUAGAAUUGAGAUUCACCCCUCAGAUCAUCAUACAAUGUGAAUGACAUGAAUCAUACUCAGUGCUUGCCUUUGAAUACAACAACCUUAUUUUAGUCUAGCCAGAGUCAUAAAUAUGGCAUGGACUCUACAAGGAGUCGAAAGCGUUCCACAGAGAUGCUGGCCCAUGUUGAUGCCAAUGCUUCCCACAGUUGUGUCAAGUUGGCUGGAUGUCCUGUGGGUGGUGACCUUUCUUGAUACACACGGGAAACUGUUGAGCACGUGAAAAACCCAGCAGUGUUGCAGUUCUUGACACACUCAAACCGGUGCCUACUACCAUACCCCAUUCAAAGUUACUUAAAUAUUUUGUCUUGCCCAUUCACCCUCUGCAUGGCACACAUGUCUCAAUUGUCUCAAGGUUUAAAAAUCCUUAUUUAACCUGUCUCCUCCCAUUCAUCUACAUUGAUUGAAGUGGAUUUAACAAGUGACAUCAGUAAGGGAUCAUAGCUUCCACCUGGUCAGUCUAUGUCAUGGAAAUGUUUUGUACUCUCAGUUUAUAUGGCUCUGGCUAGACUAAAAUAAGGUUGUUGUAUUCCUGGCACCACUCUUCCAGGGCCCUCACCACCUCCCUGUAGGCUGUUUCGUCGUUGUUGGUAAUCAGGCCUACCACUGUUGUGUCGUCUGCAAACUUGAUAUGAUUGAGUUGGAGGCGUGCGUGGCCACGCAGUCAUGGAUGAACAGGUAGCACAGGAGGCUACUGAGCAUGUACCGAUGUGGGGCCCCUGUGUUGAGGAUCAGCGUAGCGGAUGUGUUGUUGCCUACCUUCACCAUCUGGGGGUGGCCCGUCAGGAAGUCCAGGAACCAGUUGCACAGGGCGGGGUUCAGACCCAGGGCCCCAAGCUUAGUGAUGAGCUUGGAGGGCACUAUGGUGUUGAAGGCUGAGCAGUAGUCGAUGAACAGCAUUCUUACAUAGGUAUUCCUCUUGUCCAGAUGGAAUAGGGCAGUGUGCAGUGCGAUGGCACCAUUGGUGGACCUGUUGUAUGCAAAUUGUAGUGGAUCUAGGGUGUCGGGUAAGGUAGAGGUGAUAUGAUCCUUAACUAGCCUCUCAAAGCACUUAAUGAUGACAGAAGUGAAUGCUACGGGGCGACAGUCAUUUAGUUCAGUUACCUUUGCUUUCUAGGGUACAGGAACAAUGGUGGACAUCUUGAAGCAAGUGGGAAAACAGACUGGGAAAGGGAGAGAUUGAAUAUGUCCGUUAACACUCCAGCCAGCUGGUCUGCACAUGCUCUGAGUUACUGUGCGAUUUAACAUUAGAAUGGGCAAAACAAGUGACCUAAGAAACUUUGAGCGUGGUAUGAUUGUCGGUGCCAGGUGUGCCGGGUACAGUAUCUCAGAAAUGUCCAGCCUCCUGGGCUUUUAAUGCACGACAGUGUCUAGGGUUUACCGAGAAUGGUGCGACUAACAAAAAACAUCCAGUCAGCGGCAGUCCUGUGGGCGAAAACAGCUCAUUGAUGAGAGAGGUCGAAGGAGAAUAUGAAGAAUUGAGCAAGCUAACAGGUGGGCCACAAACAGACAAAUAACAGGGCAGUAGAACAGUGUUGUGCAGAACGGCAUCUCGGAAACGCACAACUCGUAGGUCCUUGUCAUUGAUGGGCUAUUGCAGCAGACGACCACACCAGGUUCCACUCCGAUCAGCUAAAAACAAGAAGAAGCGGGCACUCAAUCACCAACACUGGUCAAUUGAGGAGUGGAAAAACAUUGCCUGGUCUGAUGAAUCCCAGUUCCUGUUGCGUCAUGCUGAUGGUAGAGUCAGGAUUUGGCGUAAGCAGCAUGAGUCAAUGGCCCCAUCCUGCCUGGUGUCAACGGUACAGGCUGGUGGUGGUGGUGUAAUGGUGUAGGAAAUGUUUUCCUGGCACACGUUAGGUCCCUUAAUACCAAUUGAGCAGCGUUUGAAUGUCACACCUUGUAGAGUCCAUGUCCCGAAGAAUUCAGGCUGUUCUGGAGGCAAAGGGGGGUCCGACCCAGUACUAGAUGGGUGUACCUAAUAAAUAUGGCUCUGAGUCUAAGCUACUUACUCAUAAGGGGAAAUAGAUCAUAACCUACAACCUGAAGAAAAUAUGAUGCGGGUCCUGUUCCUGUAUACACCUGCAGACAAUAACAUAGUACUCAAUUUGUUUGUGUGUGUAUCUGUGUGCGCGCGUCCGUCUGUCCGUGCAUGCAUGUGCGCUUGUGUGUGCGUCUAUCCGUGUGUGUGUGUCAGGAUCCUGGAGCUGCAACAGAACGGGGACAUGGACAUCCUGAAGCUGAAGUGGUGGCCCCGGGACAGCCCGUGUGACCUGUACUCGGCGGUGCACACCAAACACCGCGGCAGCGCCCUGGACAUCCACAGUUUCGCCGGCGUGUUCUGCGUGCUGGCGGCCGGUGUGGUGCUCUCCUGUCUCAUCGCCAUGGUGGAGACCUGGUGGACAAGGAGGAAGGGCUCACGAGUCCCCUCCAAAGAGGUGAGGAGCUGGGGGAGGCCAGGGUGGUUGUGGGGGUCUGUGUCUGGGGGUCUUGUAACACUUGACUUGAACGCUCUGUUUUCCGGCUGUAUGUCAUGGCUGUCAUGUCUACUGUACAUGGUGUCAGUGUCAUGAUGUAACAGAUGUUUGUACGUAGUCAGGAGAGAUGUCGUUGACCUGUCAGUCAAGUGGUCUGUCCCUUGCUGUGGUGUCAAAGCUGUCCCUGGCCAGCUGGUUAGGACGGACAAUAAACAAACAUUUGGCAUUUGAGAAGAUGAACACAGUGAAACUCCGGCACACUCCAGGGUUUUCUCUCUAUGCCACUGGAACUACGUAAGGCGUGGGAACAAACCUCUUUUCAGAAGAUACUGUAUCAUCAACUUAACUGACAUCUGUUGCUGUGAUUGCACAUGACAUAGAAUGCGUCCCAAAUGGCACCCUAUUCCCUAUGGAGUCCACUACUUUUGACAAGGACAACCAGGGUCCAUAUGACUCUGGUCAAAAGAAGUGCACUAUGUAAGGAAUAGGGUGCCAUUUGGGACACACACAUGCUGUAGUAUUUGAGGGGGUUUGGGUGAAAUGUCACCAGUUUCAAGUGUAUUUGUAAAAUUAAUAAAAGGAAAGGGGCCGGAAGCUCACACAAGCUACACUGACUAGAAUGGUCAUGGUUUCAGGGGUUAGACCACCAUGAGCAUCAUCAAUUGCAGCAACAGUUAGUCACUCAAAAGACAAAAGGUGUUUGGAAAGUGUCUAUCUAAAUAUUUCCUUGAAAGUCUGAUUCCUCAAAGAUAAAGUAUUUUUAUGCCACAUAUUUACGGUAGUAUAAAGACAGCCUAUGGGAUUGCUCCAGCAUGGUCUAACCCAGACAGAGACAGGGACAGACUGGGACCAGAAAUCGGCGCAGGAAUUCCUAACAAACUGGCUAAUUCUCUUCAUCGAGGCCCACAAACCGGCAUAUUUUUUUCCCCUCAAGGCCCUCAAAUAAGGACCAUUCAGCGCAAAAUCCCAAUUUAGACAGGCCCACUAGGCUAAAAAUGGACCAGUCCAUCUGGCAUUUGUGUCUCUGUCCAGUCCGUUUCUGGACAGAGACAUAAAUGCAGACUCUUGUGUUAACUACACCAUAGAGUCACAGAGAAGAGGGCGCACCAGCUUGAAACCGAAACGUAUCCAAUGUUAAAGGGCUGUAGUGAAUUUUGAUCUCCCCUGUACAUCUGACUGCUCACACAAGGUACAGCCAUGCAUAGCACAAUAAUUGCUCUUUCCUAUCUCUCUUUCUGUCAUAUCUCUUCUUCCACUAAUCCCCCUAAUGAGCAGGUAGGCAUAGCCAAGGUGUUUUUAUCACUUCCAAACCUAAGCAAAGUCGUUAUGGAAAUGAUUGGCCCUGAGUCUCGAGGACUGUGAAAUCCUACUCAGCAAAGCUGAUAUGAAAUGCAAAUGUACUAACGAGCAGAGAGUAAUGCAAUUAUGGAAAAUAAAUAUUGUCAUACCCUGUUUAGUGUUCAUAAGUCCUGUAUAAAUUAGAAUCACAAAUUAAAUCAAGCCAUGCAUGGAGUUAAUUUAGGAUAAUUGUUUUGAAAAUGCAUUUUGUAAUAAAGUAAAGUAAAUCUUAGAAUGAGGGUCAGUUUACCGCUAAAAGAAUAGUUUUACUCCAUUAACAUUAUACUUUCUUAAAUUUCGCAUUUAAUUUCCCAAGUUGCAGAGAUCCCUCUCAACCCACCUAUCAAGUCACAACCAACAUGUACACACCCUCAUCUAUAACCCCUCUGCCAUGCUCUCCUCUCCUCCCCUUCCCACCUCUCCUAUCCCCUCCUAUCCUGUCCUCUCAGCUGGUGUCUGUAUGUUGUGUUCCGACUGGGUCACGACAUCAUAGCCACGCCACAGGAAGCCGGGUGCUCAACAGAAUGCCUGUUUCAUCUCUUCACCUCAACAAUAAUGAAAGCUUUUGAUCAAGGCAGCGAGGCCUGUGUCGUCUCAAGUCUGUUCCCCAUCAUAGCACCCCACCCCAGCUUUCUAUCCCCCUCUACCCACUACCCAUGACCCCCUGCACUCACAGCAGCUUUCAUGUGUCAGGUUAACUAGUGAGCCUGUCUGGCCAGUGGUCAUAGACAAAGAAGCCCAGUAGCCCCCUGCCAUCUUUAUUACCCUUCAAUACAGGGACCCUGACUGACCAGCGUGUUGGUGCCUGGGGUUCAAGGUCUUUGUAAUGGACAGCAUUGAGAAAUCAAUGUGAUUAGCCCAUCACUUAAUUUAGCACUCAAAUAGUCCUAUCAGAAUUGACCUUUACUUUGGUUAGGUACUGCUUGGAUAUUAGUUGCAUUGUUCAAAAAACUGUAUUUGCAUGGCAUGGAUUUUAAAGAGAGAGUUUAGUAAACAGCUGGAAGGCAGUAGUGAUCUGUUGCGAGCCCUCACCCUCUUUGAAUAUUGAACUGAUUUGGCUAAUUCACAUGAAACUGGAUUGGAGUGCUGCAUUAUAAACGUUGGACUUUAUACCAUUUACGGAAUCCAAGGGUUGUAGUGGUAGCCUAAAGAUGCCAUGGUGAAGGCAGUGGUGUCUUAGCCAUGUUGUUUAGUUGAGCCCUACACUUCACCCUGCCCAUGGCCCACAGCGACGCUGGUGACCGUGGUUACGGACCGUGGUUACGGUCGGCGGGAUGGUGGUGGUGAGGUCACAUCCUGCUGGGCCCAGUGCAGUGUGUCAGAGUGACCCAGUGUGUCUGCAGUCAAGAGGAUAUCACUAGGAGCCAUCAGCUUCCUCAAUAUACUGCACUACUGCCCUUUCUCAUUAGGAAUGGCCCUUCCCUCCGGUCCUCAAUAUAGGUAUCAUCCCAAAUGGCACCCUAUUUCCUUUAUAGUGCACUACUUUCGACCAGGGCUUGAAACCAUUAGUCUCUGGUCAAAGGUAGUGCACUAUGUCUGGAAUAAUGUGCCAAUUGGAAUGGACCCAUAGUAUAAAUGCUCCUUAGCUCUCUCACACACAGACAGACAUACAACAAGCUUACAGCGUGCAUACAAGCAUACGCACACCAACAAACACAGAGGAAUGUCACAGCUGCUAUCAGUAAUAUGAUAUCAAUUGCAUUAGGCUUGUCGCAAUUGAAUUAAAAUGCUCCAAUCCUUUUCAAGAUAUCAAAUUGAACUGAGUCAAAUGUCUACCUUGUCCCGUUUGUUGUCCGUUUUGCAUAACGCCUCGAUGAUUUCCAAUACUUCCAUUCUCCUUUUCCUUCAUCAGUUGCAAUAAACAAAAUGGUCACCUAAAGAUUCAACAAUAAUAAUAAUCAUAAUCAUGUAUUACUACUCUAUGGGAAUAAACACACACACACACACACACGGUCCACAAACACACAGCUCCCACUGAGCUCCAACCCAAAACCACGUUAGCUGCCUGGGGACGAGCUGUUUGUAUCUCAGUUGUCCUCCUGGAGCAUGAAUGCUGCAUACUGGACAUCCAUGUUCAGGCCUCUGCUUCUAUGUGAUCACUGUCAGUGUUUCUGUGUUGCGUCUCUGUGUUGUGUUUUGUUGCGUUGUGUGAUGUGUUGUGUAAUGAUUAACACUGUGAUGAGGCCUCCAUGUGAUGACUAGAGUUCAGUAGAGUUUGUCCUCUACUACUGGUCACACACACACUCCAGUGAGGCUUUACUAAACUCUACCCACCAAGCAGAUAUAGGAUUUGGGUAUUGGGGGUCUCGUAAAUGAAAGCAUUUCAAUCCUUCAAUGUUGCAGGAUUCAUUUCCAACACAAACAGAUUGCCAGAUGCAUUUUGACAUAUCUAGCAAAUACGUUAGUUCAUGUUAGUGUUGGGAUAGGUCCCUUGCUCAUAGGCACAACAGUAAAAUAGGCUACACACAGUAUGGCCCACUCUGGCUUUUAACCAGUUUAGUUAAGUUUAUUAGGCUCCAUAUUAGCUGUUACUCAUUCAGCAGCUACUCUUCCCAGGGUCCACACAAAACGUAAAAUACAUGACACAGUACAGGGCAGUUAUAGAAUAACAUAAAGGAAAUUCUACAUUCAAUCCUUAUCCUCUGUCCACCAAUGCAUCUCCUUUGCUGCUAUAUUGUACGCCUGUGCUUCUGUGGCUAUAUACAUGUACCACAGAUGUUGAUGUUACUUGGAGUCGUUUGGGUGGUGGGUGGUGGAUCUGUCUGGCUAUAUACAGUGUGUGAUGAAAGGAAGGGAGGGUGGGACACUACACACAAUGGACGGCCACUUUGUUCACAAUGUUGAGCACAAAAUGUUUGAUCAUGUCUGAUUUACUGUCCCUGCUGGCUGAAAGCUCUCAUUCCCUUUUGGUUUUGUUUUGUAGAUAAGUACACUGUGUUGAGGGUAAAGCGGGCGAGGGAGAGCAAUACAAAAAGCCAUUUUUCAACUUUCCAGGUAUAUCUUCGAAGGCUCCUCCUCGGACGUAAAAAACCUCCACAGAGUGUGUGUGUGUGUGUAUGGGCUGACUGUGCUGUCUUUUCUACUCACCCCCGCCUCUCCUCCGACAAAAUCCCUCCUUCAUCCUCCCAUUUGCCUGCUCUCAUCCUUUCUCUGUCCGUCUGUCCGUCUGUCGCUGUCUCUCUGUCCUUGCACAAACCCCCACAAACACACAUACACAGACACAGGCCGAUGGCACUUCCGCCAGGCAAGCUGAACCAUGCCACCACCAACAUGACACCCCCAACAACAUCCCCCUCACCACUCUCAGGACCGCCCCCUCCCCCCAUUACCCCCAGUCACCCGCAUGCUGUGACAUCCCAUGUGCCUUGAUCGUCCAGCACACGUUCGAACCCAACGACGACCCCUCCCAACUCACCCAUAAAAUGAGAAUGACCACUUUCGCUUCCUCUCCUCCCACCUCCAGGUUAUACCUAAGACAGGACCUUUAAAUAGGAGCGGAUACUGUGAGAUUCUUGUUAGAGCAAUUUCGAACCAUUCGGUUGUAGAAUACAACCCAGAAUGUCAUAUUUAUUGCUUUAUGCUGACAACAACAAAACUAUCGCAAUGUUGACAUUUCUAGUCACUGGCACUGCCUGCCAAUAUGUGCGCUAUGAUGCCUUUCCUCCACUAGAGGGCUUGCAGCAUGCUCUCUCUGACCAAGCAUAAUACGGUUUUGUGUGCAGUCAUGUAAUGGUGCAUGUUAUGCUCUAUAGAAAUGGAUGUUUGGCUAAGGUCUGCAGUAUGGAUCUGUACAUUUCAAUUCAUAUGAAUGAAAGUGAGCCAAUCAAACAUAAAGGAAUUCUCCCCAAAAUGGAGGCCUACACAUCUGAUUGAAAUAGAGGCCAAUCUCUUAGAACACUUAUUAACUCUGUCUUAUAUUUUGCUUUGUGUGUUAGCAAAGUGCUGCUACACAGAACCCUCUUCAGUUGAUCCAACAGGCCGGUCCUCUCGUCGUACGGUAGUUACCCAUAAGGUAUCCUGGGUCUAGCAGUCAACUGACUGGCCCUCUGUCGCUCACUGUUCUCUCUCACCACCUCCUUCCUCUUUCCUUUACUUUCAACCUCCCCUCCUUCCUCAAUCCCCCUCUCCCGGGUGUAUGGCAUGACCAGAUCACCACAAACAGUACCCCCUCCUACCCCCUCCCCCUCUGAGAUGGAGAGGGUAACCGGGGCAAGACCCCCCUCCACGUCACAUGGUCAGUAGGCUCUAUCUGUGACUCUGUGUCUGUUCCCCCCACCGGGGAUGCCCUCUCUCAAAAUGGAGCAAGCGCUAUGUGUUCCUCCAACUCCAUCCAACAGUACCCCACUCCCUGUACCCCCACAAGGGACACAAUCAUCUCGCAUCUUUCCUCUCAGCACAAGCAUGACACCCCUCUCUGAGUUUGAACAUCACAAAGAUGUGGACCAAUCAUUUUAUGUGGAUGUAGUAGUGCUAUUUAUAUGUCUGUAUCACACAUUUUUUACAAAUCUAGUUUUUGUUCAAGAUGAACAUAUGGGAAAGAUGGGUAAACCCCUUUCCCCUCUAACUGGAUUCACAAAACAAAUCAUUAAAUAAAUGUAGCUACCUUGUACUUUAACUAGUGUGUAGAUGUAAGCAUCUGUGCACAUUUAAUGCCUACGCAACAAUGAGUAAUACAAUAUGUUGCAAUCCUAGUCUGACCAUUGGGUCGCAUUUGUAAUCUAUUUUCUCACCGACUUGCUCCAAAAUGAGCGGUCAGUAAUUAAUAAGAACAUAUUAAUGCUUGAUUGGUUGUUCGGCAUGGCAUGCUGAAAUCUAAUAGCACGUUGCCUUUAGCGGUGUGUGUUUGGAUUCCAGAGGAGCUGCAACCCCCUGUAGACCCUGUAGAUACAGUGAGGGAAAAAAGUAUUUGAUCCCCUGCUGAUUUUGUAUGUUUGCCCACUGACAAAGAAAUUAUCAGUCUAUAAUGUUAAUGGUAGGUUUAUUUGAACAGUGAGAGACAGAAUAACAACAAAAAAAUCCAGAAAAACGCAUGUCAAAAAUGUUAUAAAUUGAUUUGCAUUUUAAUGAGGGAAAUAAGUAUUUGACCCCCUCUCAAUCAGAAAGAUUUCUGGCUCCCGGGUGUCUUUUAUACAGGUAACGAGCUGAGAUUAGGAGCAUACUCUUAAAGGGAGUGCUCCUAAUCUCAGCUUGUUACCUGUAUAAAAGACACCUGUCCACAGAAGCAAUCAAUCAAUCAGAUUCCAAACUCUCCACCAUGGCCAAGACCAAAGAGCUCUCCAAGGAUGUCAGGGACAAGAUUGUAGACCUACACAAGGCUGGAAUGGGCUACAAGACCAUUGCCAAGCAGCUUGGUGAGAAGGUGACAACAGUUGGUGCGAUUAUUCGCAAAUGGAAGAAACACAAAAUAACUGUCAAUCUACCUCGGCCUGGGGCUCCAUGCAAGAUCUCACCUUGUGGAGUUGCAAUGAUCAUGAGAACGGUGAGGAAUCAGCCCAGAACUACACGGGAGGAUCUUGUCAAUGAUCUCAAGGCAGCUGGGACCAUAGUCACCAAGAAAACAAUUGGUAACACAUUACGCCGUGAAGGACUGAAAUCCUGCAGCGCCCGCAAGGUCCCCCUGCUCUAGAAAGCACAUAUACAGGCCCGUCUGAAGUUUGCCAAUGAACAUCUGAAUGAUUCAGAGGAGAACUGGGUGAAAGUGUUGUGGUCAGAUGAGACCAAAAUCGAGCUCUUUGGCAUCAACUCAACUCGCCGUGUUUGGAGGAGGAGGAAUGCUGCCUAUGACCCCAAGAACACCAUCCCCACCGUCAAACAUGGAGGUGGAAACAUUAUGCUUUGGGGGUGUCUUUCUGCUAAGGGGCAACUUCACCGCAUCAAAGGGACAACUUCACCGCAUCAAAGGGAUGAUGGACGGGACCAUGUACCGUCAAAUCUUGGGUGAGAACAUCCUUCCCUCAGCCAGGGCAUUGAAAAUGGGUCGUGGAUGGGUAUUCCAGCAUGACAAUGACCCAAAACACACGGCCAAGGCAACAAAGGAGUGACUCAAGAAGAGGCACAUUAAGGUCCUGGAGUGGCCUAGCCAGUCUCCAGACCUUAAUCCCAUAGAAAAUAUGUGGAGGGAGCUGAAGGUUCGAGUUGCCAAACGUCAGGCUCGAAACCUUAAUGACUUGGAGAAGAUCUGCAAAGAGGAGUGGGACAAAAUCCCUCCUGAGAUGUGUGCAAACCUGGUGGCCAACUACAAGAAACGUCUGACCUCUGUGAUUGCCAACAAGGGUUUUGCCACCAAGUACUAAGUCAUGUUUUGCAGAGGGGUCAAAUACUUAUUUCCCUCAUUAAAAUGCAAAUCAAUUUAUAACAUUUUUGACCUGCGUUUUUCUGGAUUUUUUUUGUUGUUAUUCUGUCUCUCACUGUUCAAAUAAACCUACCAUGAAAAUGAUAGACUGAUCAUGUCUUUGUCAGUGGGCAAACGUACAAAAUCAGCAGGGGAUCAAAUCCUUUUUUCCCUCACUGUCUGUUUGUGUGUUCUCCUUACCGCAGCUCAGACUGUGCCUCUCUGUCCCUACCUACCUCUCCUUACCUUACUCUACCUUUCCCUUUCGGCCCAUCACUUCAAUCCCAUCUCACUCUCACUUCAUCUCUCUGUCACUCCAUCUUUGUCUAUUUCCCUCUGCAUUCAUCCCUCUCCAUUGAUCUCUUCUCCUCCUCGCUCAUCAAUCCUCGUUUCCUCCUUCUCUCCUCUCCUCUGACUUUUUUUCCCUGAUCUUCCUCAAUGGACGUCCUCACUACUCCUCGAUCUACAACCAUACCCAUCCUCCACUUUUCUUUGGCCAUGCACUCACCCUCUUCUAUCACCUCACCGUUCGUUCACUCCGCUCUGUCCUCGCCUUUCUUCUUUCCUACUUUUCUCCUUUAACAACCUUCACUCCUUUUCCUCUCCCUCCUCCUCCCCAUCCUCUUUUACCCUCACUCUCCUUUGACCCUGUCCUCCGCCACGUCUCUCUCUCUCCCCUCGCCCCCUUCCCCGCACACCCUGUACCCCCCUGCAGGAUGAUAAGGAGAUCGACCUGGAGCACCUUCACCACCGGGUUAACAGCCUGUGCACAGAGGACGACAGCCCCCACAAGCAGUUCUCCACCUCCUCCAUUGACCUGACGCCCCUGGACAUGGACUCUAUGCCAGCCAACCGGCAGGCCCUGGAGCAGAUCAGCGACUUCCGCAACACGCACAUCACCACCACCACCUUCAUCCCUGAGCAGAUCCAGACCCUCAGCCGCAACCUGUCCGCCAAGGCCCAACAGGGCUUCGCCUUCGGUCCCGUGCAGGACCACCGGACUGGGGGGCCCUUCAGGCAGAGAGCCCCCAACGGAGGCUUCUUCCGCAGCCCCAUCAAGACUAUGUCCUCCAUACCCUACCAGCCCACUCCCCAGCCCAACUUCGGCUACGGCAACGACCCCGAUCGGGGUACAUCCAUAUGA